AUGGAUCCUUUAUGCGUCUCAGCGUCCGUUGUAGGACUUUUAGGCGCCGGCGCUAAGAUCACAUCAUGUCUUUGGACAUUCGCGACCAACGCUAGAGACGCCCCUCAACUUGCACGUCAUCUUGUCUUUGAAGUAGCCGACAUCACAGCAGCACUUGGAUCGCUCCAGGCAUAUGUUUGUGGACAGACUCAAGCCCCUGGUGAAAGAGGGGCAUUGAUUCUGCUGGAACAUGUUCUUACUACACUGACAGGAUGCAUUACUACGUUCUCGGAUCUCCAGAGCCUUAUGGACCAGCUGAAUCUGAGCCCUGACAUGGGGACUAUUGAUAAGAUGAAAUGGGCUCGACAAGAGUCCAAUAUCGCUGCUAUCGUCCAGCGUCUACAAAAUCACAAAUCGUCUUUGACGUUGAUGUUGACCGUUUUGCAGUGCGAAACAAUGAAAGAAGCUCAAAGUUCAACUCGCCAUCUCUGCACCCUUGUUGAAGAAUUACUGCAAAGCAACCACGAUCUUGCUAGUCGUAUCAGAGGGCUUGAGCGAGAGGGCUCGAUUAUUGCAGAGUCUAGAAGGGACGAUGUCUCUACCUUUCGACAGACACGGGGCUCAAAGUCUAUUUCGUUCAUCGAUACCCAGGCUUCCGCCAUCAAAUUCACGUUCGAUCAGGAUCUUCAGGCAUCUCGAGUGUACAACCGCGCUAUCGGUAGACAAUCUAUGACAUCUCUAACAAGCACGGCCUUAUACACGACUGCGUUGUCUCUUUUCUCUAACCUAAGCCUCUCUCAAGUGUCCAACAUCUCUUUCUACGCUUUGCCAAUUUACUACAAUGAUUUGAGUAACAGCGACUGCUAUGUGUUUGGCGAAGAAGGCGCUCUGGUGAGGUCUGAUAGUUCUCAGGCUCCCAAGUCGUCUCCCUCGCAGCAAGAGAGGCAAGAUAUAACGAAUAACAUCUUGCCACCACUGUACCAGACUCAGACACCUUCACGGCUACUCGGACGCUUUGCGAGAAGGCGUAAGACGCCAGUGGUGAGCGCACCAGAAAAUCCUUACCAUGUUACUCAUGUUGGAUAUAACGACUCGACGGGGCAGUUUAGUGGUCUACCUAGAGAGUGGCAGAGGUUGAUUGAUGAGGCAUCGCAGGAGUUAGAGAUGGCUGACAUACAAAAGGUUCAUAAGCAAACCACAGAGAGAAGCCCCCCUGGAUCCCAAUAA